GGCUUCACCACGCUUGUAUUUGUCUAGCAGCAUGGAUGACAUAGGGAAAUGGCCAGAAAUAGAGAAAGCAGCGAAAGAGAAAAGGCGUGAGCUGGUCUUACAGGGGUCCGCUGUUGACGAGAGAAUUUCCUCAAACGGGGGAAUCGAUUCCUCCAUCUACUCUCUGACACUGCUGAAUUAUCUGGAAGUUAGCCAGUGCCCGAGUCUGACAGAGAUCCACGAGGACAUCCAACAUCUGACAAACCUCCAGAGCCUCAUCCUGUGUAGAAACAAGCUUGCCUCCAUCCCGAAUGUCAUCGGCAACCUCAAGUCUCUAAAGGUCCUAGACCUGUCAGUCAAUAACCUUAAAGUUUUACCAGAGGGAGUCACUCAGUUAAAGGAGCUGAACACACUCAAUGUGAGCUGUAACAGUCUGGAGGUUCUGCCGGAGGGACUCUCUCAGUGCGCCAAGCUCUCCUCCAUCAACAUCUCCAGGAAUCGCAUCACCGGGUUUCCUGCUGAUUUCUGCUCCGAGAAACUGGAGCUGCUCAGCACCGUGGUGGCCUCUGACAACUUAAUCGAAGAGCUGAGCGGAGAGAUUCACAAACUAGCUGCUCUAAAGGUCCUGGAUCUCUCCAACAAUAAGCUGAAUGAGAUUCCAUCUGAUCUGAGUGACUGCCCCAAGCUAAAGGAGAUCAGCUUCAAAGGCAACAAGCUGAAUGACAAACGUCUGGAGAAGAUGGUCAACGGGUGCCAGACCAAGUCAAUCCUGGAUUACCUCAGAGGAAAAGGAAGGAGCAGACAAGGAGAGGACAGGGGUGAUACUGAAGGAGGACGCAGCACAGACAAGAAAAAAAAGCAGCAGCAGAGGAAGAAGAAGGAGAAGGUGGCAGAUGAACAGGAUGAAGUGGAAGAGCUGAGCAAGAUGGUGGUGAGAAUUCUCCACGUCUCAGAUGCUCCCACAGCACUCACAGUCAAAGUGAGUGCAGAGGUGAAAGAUGUGAGACCAUACCUGGUGUGCUGCAUAGUCAGAGGUAUGAACCUAAACCCUGGGAAUGCUCUCAAACGGUUUCUGAUGGCUCAGACAAAGCUUCAUGAUGACCUGUGUGGUAAGAGGACCAUAGCAACCAUUGCAACUCAUGAUGUGCAGCAACUUAAAAGUCCCCUGAUGUAUGACGUCAAGCCACCGACCCAACUGAAGAUUGUGUCACUGGGUCGGAAGGAGAUGACUGCGGUCGAGCUUAUAAGACAGCUUCAUCUGGAGGCUGAGGAGCUGAGGAAGCAGAAGAAGAGGCAGAAUGUUACAGGCCUCCACAAAUACCUCCAGAUUCUGCAAGGAAAACCACUCUAUCCAUGUCUAGUGGAUGCAGAAGGUCACGUGAUCUCAUUCCCACCAAUCACCAACAGUGAGAAAACCAAGAUCAAGAAGACGACCAGAGAGUUGUUCUUGGAGGUCACGAGUGCAACCAGCCUGCAGACCUGUAAAGAUGUCAUGGACGCUCUGAUUGUAAAAAUGGCAGAGUUGAACAAGUUCACAGCAGAGCAUCAGGAAGAGGCAGGGUCAGACGAAGAAGGGGGUGGCCCACCAGAGCCUGCUGACAGCAGCGAGACCUCCAGCCAGCUGAUCGUCCAGCAGGUCCGAACGGUCGACCAAGACGGGAACCUGAAGGUGGUGUACCCGUCGAAGACAGAUCUCUCCAAAGACAUCAACAACUUGACUAUUAUCUGGUAACUGUGCUUUGGAUUCGCUCAGAUGUUUGCACCCAUUCACUUAUUACAUGAAGUUAUUUUAACAGUUUAACACUGGGAGGCGCUGAUGCUGAGUUUUAUGACUACAUCCAUUGACCUAGAAGUGCUUUAGAUAGAUGAAAACAAUAACCAGCAAUGGGUUGAUUUAAAAAAAAAAAAAAAAAAAAAAAACUCUGAUGUUAAAUAAAUGUUGCUUGUUGUU